UGGCCUAUGUAGUAUAAUGUAGGGCUAGCCGGCUCUUGUCUCGUCAAGGAUCUGUCUUGUGUGCGCGUGGAGGUCAGCCUGCUGGCCAGGGUUCAUUCACCGCUUGCUUGGCGAUUGAGGGUCGAGUCCUGGACCGAAUGAAUGAACUUACUAACUAAUUUAUUGUUUUUUUUUGGAUUCAACUCGACAGAGUUUGGAAGGGCGAGGAUCGGUUUCUUCAUCGUAACCUCCUUGUACAUGCGUGUUUGUAGUUCAGCUCAGUCCCUGCCAUGGAUGGACUGUCAUCAUCUAGUGCUUCUGUCGUUCUGAAGCUUCUGUGCUCCAUCAAGAAGAAUUGCGAGAAAACGAGUGUGAAGCUGGACAUUGUCAAGCAGCUGUUGACCAACUUGAAAAACGGCUGGAGAAAGGAAGAGUUUGUGGAUUCUGCUGAUGUCGCUCACAGCAUUGUCGCCAAUGCUCUGGUGGAUUUGAAAACUCGAAUAAUCUGUCUACAGCAAGAAGAGAUCCUGCCCUCUCUUGUGUGGUGGCUGAAGUAUGAGAAGGCAUCAUGCAGCUUGCUGUCGCGUGUUCUCCGUUGCCUGACGAAUCUCGCUGGCUUUGAAAUUGAUGAACAGCUCCGUAUCAGUACCAGCAGCAGUAGCAGCCGCGGCGGUAGAGCUGAUGUUGUUCAACUCCGAAAGUCUCAGUCCGCAGAAGGCCUCAAAGCUGUCUUGGCAUGCCGAGACUUGCCUGAUAUUACGGUGAAGUUAUUUGUAGAGCAUUGCGCCCAUCGGCGCUGCAUGUUUGGUCUGUGUAAGGUGUUGACGUUGUUUGUUCGUGAGGCUCCCUGGUGUCGCCAACAGAUUAUGACUGAGAAGAAGGUGUUUGAGUCUUUAGUAACAGCUUUGAGCUGCAAGUCGGUUGAGUUGACACAGGCUGCCUUAUCUACAGUGGAAACAUGCGCAUCAGUUAACACCAGGUUUGCCAAGCUACUGGGCUCGGCUGGAGCUGUUCCAGUCAUAGUACAACUUGCUGAGCAUUCACAUUCCAAGAUCCGUCGCCGUGCUGUGCUGUCGCUGGUUUACUGUGUGUGGGAGUCAUCUUGUCGUUUCAUCGUGGGUGCGUGCGGUGGCAUCAAGGUGUUGCUGUCCGAGAUGCAGGGUGCAAGUCGAGAUAGUCGUCGUCGCACUACUCUCCUCAAAGCUAUAGCACUCUGCUGUCAGGAUGUAGUGUGCAGAGAGAAGGCUAGGGAUUGUGGGGCUGUCAAAGUUCUGCUGGACAUGUUAGCAGAUCCCAGCUACAAGUCGCUGCACAACACUAUUCUGCAGGCGUUGAUGAACUUCUAUUUUGACGAGGCUAGCCUCCUGUUCAUGGCCACCAAGCUACCCCUCAUCAGCAUCCUUGCACAGCGAAUACUGGACUAUCAUCAUAGGCUACGCGGGUGCACAACUCCUGUAUGCGGUGUUAGUGACUGCUUCUCUAAUCACUCUGAUGUACUUGUGGCAGCAGAUAUUGGAUGUACGCACUCCGAGUCUGAGUCUGUGGCAGGUGAUGAUGACAGCUCAGUUCCAGUAGCCAGUGCUGGUCAGGCUCAAAGUCUCCCCAAAUCACCGGCCUCCACUAGCUCAUCAACGUCAUCAUCUGAUGGUACAGCGAUGUCAUCGGGUACUGAUCUGAGAGCUGACUCACCGCAGUCUGUGGCUAGUGUUAGACCUCUACUUGAGCAGCUACACCAUGUGCCUGAUGUCAGUGCUGCUGCUGCUGCUAGUGCUGGUACGGGCAAUGUGCCAGGUGAUGCCCGCCAUGAAUCAGCUGCUGUUUCCGACAAGGACGGCACACUGAACACCGCUGCAGGUGCAACAACUCGAGAGAGCAGCGCUGGGCAAGCAGACAAUGGUGAUGUUGGCUCUGAAGCAGAGGCUGUUGAUGCUGCUGAGAGUGUUGAUGCGGAGAAGAUGUUGGCAGGAGAUAACGUUGAGCAGUUGGUCCCUGGCGUUGAUGCUGAUGCUAGCAUUGCAGUCAACUCGGACAUGGUGCCAGUUGAGCUACAUAAUACUGGUGAUCACAUGGACUCCACUAGAUUUCCUGCACUGUCUCAGUGUUCCAACCCUGCUAUAUCGGAUGCUUCGCAGUUUUCCCCUGCAGAACCGAAUGAUGCUGUGCUACAGUCUGUUCCGGCAGCUGUGCAUGACUUCAACACGAGCUUUCCCCUCGGUGCUCCGUCACCACCCGACAUGUCCUCGGCGAAUGUCUGGAACACACCCUAUCAGGCACUGGCAUGUGUGGAUUGCCCGUCACCUUUCCCCGCUUUUAGCUCUCUGGCCAGUCCUAGUAUGUCUCCACUAUCCUCCUGCGGGUAUUCCCCAAGGGGUGGCCAGGCAUCUCCGUUGCCGGACGCUUCGCCACUUCAUUACUCGCAGGUGAUGUCAUCACCGGAAUCACCUGUUCUGGAAGCAGCAGCAGAAGCAAUAGCCAUGAUGGGAGAACCAGCAAUUGCUGACAUUGCAGAGGUGGCAAUGGUAGAAGACACAACAAUGGCAGUACCAGAGGAAGAUCUUGAAAAAGAAGCUGGCACUAGUGAACAUAAUGCUCUUGUUGAUGAAUGUGGUGCUGAGGUAGAAAGUGAUGCCCCAUCUGUUCCUCCAUCUACAGCUACUUCUUCACCACUCGCUCUCACAUUGCCAUCUGCAGCCAGGUGUAGUCUAUUGCAUGGUCCUGCUGUGCCAGGAGCUGCUGCAUUCCCUAGUUAUCCUGUUGUCACUCAACCCACUGCCGUGUCCUCUUCCACCGCUCCAGCAGUAUCAUCUCCUGUAGCUAUAGCAGCACCACCAACACCAGUAACGCCAUCAACAAUGGCGCCAAGGCCAACCGCAGCAGCACCACCAACACCAGUACCAACGCCAUCAACUGCAACAGCAGCAAUAGCAUCAACAGUGGCACCAAGGCCAGCCGCAGCAGUGACAACAACACCAGUAGGGACAGCCACAGCAGCGCAGAGGAGUGCUUCACGUGAUUCAUUGUCCGAAUCCGAGUUAGCCAUGCAGGCAGCUGACGAGUACCUGUCUUCCAUGGAAGGUUUCAUGUCUCCACGCCGCACACAGAUGGGACGCGUGUUCGGUGCCGGUCUAUCCAAGGCAGCCGGUGCAUCAUUCACUUCAACACCUGGUUCUUGUGGUACUCCACUGCCACCACCGGAAAUGCCCGAGAGUGGACCCUUGACUAGUCCCGUGCCCGUCAUGCUAAUACCACCGUCAUUCUCACCACCGCCACCACUGUCACCGUUACGCAUGCUGGAUGAACCCUUGCAUGUUGGGGUUCCGUUCUUGGCUAUGUCACCGACUAACAGAGAUCUGAGUAGACAACAAGAGCGGUCAGACCAGCAAACGUUGAGAACACUGCGCAGAUUGGAGACCGAAGCCACUCCGGGCAGAGUGCAGCGGCCGCAGCCGCACAAAGACCAACCUUCCGGUGUUCAGUUGGAGGUGUUUCUCUUGGACCGGCUUUCUCAAGUGUCUGAAUGUACGCCACAUCUCUGCAGCCAUCUUGUCGUUCAGGCGUUGGUGGCCCGGCUGGUAUCUGGCUCAGGGCGGUUUGGUUCUAGGUGCAUACGUAUUCUGAUGAGAAUGAUCGACAAUGCGCGCUGUUUCCAGCGCUUACUGGAAGAGCAGAGCGUUUGUGUUCUUGAUCGGCUACGCUGUGACUCUCUACACUGCCCUUUGAACAAUGACCGGUGUAUGUGUGCUAACUCCAGCUUGGACUCCACCAGGCAGCAUGCACGCCAGGGCCUGUGCAAAGUUGGCCGCGACGUCAAUCAGCACUUGGUGCAGAUGGCGCAAACGAGCUUUGGUUACGGCACUAUUAUGCAUAACCUCUGCCUGAAGAGUCAGUCCCGUGAGGAUUUCCUGGACUGCUGUCUGCUCUCCCUGCCACUUAUUAUCAAGAAAGCAAAUCUGCGCCAUCAGCUAUUCAUAGUCAACAGGUGCAUGCAGUUGUUAGUGGAGGCCCUGCACACGACUUCUGAUGUCGUCGUAGUGCCAGCAGAUCAAGAUGCUUCCAGUGAAGACACCACUGAGCCAGUUAGCGCGGAGGAGAAGCCAUCCAGCUCUGCCAUUGAGACUUUGACGGAUUCUUCUACUUUACCGAGUGCUGACAUUGUGUCUGCUGCUGAUACUGGUAGUGUGGCUUCAGCAACACCGUUAUGUGCUGUGCCUGAAGAGUCCAUGGACACAACGCCGCAGCUUAAACCAGUCAAGGAUGUUCUAGGUAUCAAGUCCUGCAGUCAUCAUGAUAUUCUACAAUCGCUUGCGAACCUUUUCUCUUGUGCUGCGUCAGCCUGUGAUCUCUCCCAGCCGACGGCCACCCGUCCAUGCUGUCAACCACGCCAUCGUGAAGCUGCCACACCUUCCAGUGAGGCACCAGCUCAGUUGCGGCAGCAUGGUGGAAACCCAACGGUCUCUGGUAGAAAGCGCAAACAUGUCGAUCUGGAUGCUAGUGACGAUGAGAAGAGCAAGAGGCGGUUUGGUGAUGAGAACAGCAAGAGGCGGUUUGGUGACGGAGGUUCCCUAGUUAGUGAGAGCAGCAGUCAGCUAGACGACGCUAAGCUGGUAGUUGCAGACCAGCAACAUGCGUGUACUUCUACAACCAAGAGCAGUGAUGAAGCAGUAGUGGCCAGUGCUAAUGAUACUGUGUCUGAGCAGCAGCUGUGCCAGGAGACAGUGGACUCGCUACCUUCCUCUACCUGUACUGCUGGUGAUGAUGGUGACUAUGCUGAUAAUGCUGAUGGUUGUGAUGAUUCAGCUUUUGCUUGUGGUAGGCCGGACCAAGAAUCAUCUCCACCUGCUGCUUCUGUGCCCCCUGACAUACAGCAGUGUAUUUCUAGUGUGUUCCACUCAUGUUGCACUAGUGCUGAUGGUGAUGUGCAGCUGACAUCAACAUCAACAACAGAACCGUGUUGCCUGUAUGCACGUGCACUCCGGGAACAAGAAGCUGAUGUUGUGUUUGUGGUGUGUGAUACGUGCCAGCUGCCCGCACAUCGCUCCACACUGAGUAAGGCCGGUGAUGCUAUGUCCGCUAUGCUGUGUGGCCAGUUUGCCGAGGCUGAACAAGGUGCACGGAUAGUCCUGGCUGGUGUGUCACCGCAUGCUGUGGCCAGUUUGCUGCAUGCUGUGUACGGCUGUCAGCUGCGAUGCCCGACGGCGGCGCUUGCCAAGGACAAAGUGCAGCCAACUCUACACACUACAUUGCCGUGUGCAGAUGACCCGGCCCAAUGUCCGACAGGAGUGAAAGGAAGAGAGCUUUGUGCUGAUGGCCAUACAUCACCUGUUUCAAUAGCUUGCUCAUCCAGUGCGGGAACAGCUGAUGACAGAGAAAAUCUGGAGAUAAGCCCUAAUCCAGUCACGUGCAUUGACGAACAGCAACGCUACUCUGCUGCUGCUGCUGCACUGACUUCUCCAGACGUCCGUGACUUUUGUGUAGCUGCCGGACACUACUGUAGGUUGCGCUGUAGCAGCGGAGUGUCACAUGAGCAUGACCAUGAUGACACCUUGUGUAUGGUGUUGCAAGUGAUUGUGACGGCCAGCCAGUAUUUGAUGUGCGAGUUGGUGGCUACCUUCUCACACUGGCUAGCAGAGAAUCACGUGUGUCCACAUAACGUUACCUGUGUGCUGGCAUUUGCCCGUGAUCACCACCUGGAUCUGCUUGAGCAGCUGUGUCUUACGUACAUGUCCGGCUGCUCUAGACGACUGUGGCUGGAAAUUCUGCUUCCAUUGCAUUGGGAGAAGAACAUCUUGGAGAUGAGUGCGCUCUGGCUAGCGUCACCAACACUCUGUUCACUGAAUCCUGCUGCUGCUCGCUGAUACCCCUCAGGUGGCUAUCUACUGCUGUUGGUCACCUGUGUUGGCAUGCCGCCUCAUGAAGUGUAUGCCACUGUGGAAUAGUAAGCAGAAGCCGUGUAGAGCUGUUGACCUAAGCAAUUAUGUGCAAGUUACGCGCUGGCGGAGAGUAAACUUUAAACUUAUUUUCUUUCUUUGUUGGGGUGUUGCAAGAGGACAUGGCUAUUUACUGGGUGCCCAUCAUCAUCUCGUUACAUCACUGCCAGUGUGUUUUCCUGUGUGGAGUUGAUCGCCUUGCUGCAAUGUUACUGCCUAUGGUCGCCAGAAGUGGCGGCAAACCGUUCCCAUUGCCAGUCUACUCCUAGCCAAACCACCGGUGUGUUGCUGUUAUUCCCGGUCAUGCAUGCCACGAGGCGUAGUUGCAUGAUGUGGUUCAUGACACAGCAGCGGUGGUCAUCGCUGCAUGAUGUGGUUCAUGACGCAGCGGUGAUGGCGGUCACUGUCUUGCUACUGCUGGUAUGUGCUCCAUGCUGAGCAAGAUAGAGUUUAUCCUGCUACUACUGAAGUAGGUUUUGUUCCAGCAACUCCACUUGGCUGAUACACAGACAGUGACAGUGAUUCUGAACAUGCCACAGGAUGCUCUGACAGGCGACCUUGAUUUCGAUGCGCCAUAGCUGACGUUGUUUGGAUUUCAAAUCGUCUCAGCAAACCGUCAAAAUGUCUACAGGUGUCGUCAAAGAACGGAAUGUGCUGCUCCAGUCCCUUCACUACCACAUCACUUUGAUGGUGUGUUGUCACUUGAGUAAAGCAUAGCCGGCCCAGCAGUAGUCACAUAGCUAUGCUUGGACAUAUCAACCCUAACACACAGUGUUGUCAUCUCCGCCACAACGUUACUUGUGUGGUUUUGCUGUUUGCUCAGUCUCUCUCUAUGAAUAGCGCUUGCCACCAGUGCGUGUGGUGCUUAACAGCGGUCAGUGCUCUGCUUCUUGACGAAAUCUGGUGCACAUGCACCCGUGCGGCCUUAUACUCCCUAUGCAAAUGUUGCAUCUCAGAAGUAUUUCAUUAUGUGAAACAUUGGCCACUUCUUAUCAAUGACAAUUUUAUGGAGAGCAGUUUUUUUAGGCUAUCGCGUCAUCCACUUGCCAGUAUAGAGCAGCAGGAUGUGAGCAGAUCAUUGUUGACUCCGUUUCUAUCACUACAGCAUUGUUUAGAAAGUUUAAUAUCAUGGUAAAGAUUCAUGAGAGCGCGUGAUCUUAUCUUUCUAUGCUCGUAAGCGAAGGCUCUUUGGUAGAUCGUUGAGAAGUCGUUCUCUAACGAGAGGAGGAUGAGUUUCACAUGUGAAUUACUUUUACUUUACAAACUCCCCUAAUAUGGACUCCCCAGAUUCGGACACUCCUGUCUACUAAGAACGUUUCUGGACCCUCUAAGAGUGUCACUUUUCAACGAACAACGGCACCAAAAAUGUUGGUUUGCAUAAGAAAAAGGUGGCUACUUGCUUGUAAUAAGUAUGUAUGUGCUGGUUACGGAGUUUUCCCGUACUUGCAAAUUUCGUCCUUUUGAACUCUUUGGAGCUGGUCUCCUUUGAAGUAUAUAAUUAUGGCAU